AUGCAGAACCAAAGCCUUCAACCUCGACACUUUCAAAUCCACAACACGAUAAGUACUGCACGAGAGCGACUUCGGCAAUUCCGCCGUGACCUGUCCCAUCAUUUCCGGAAGUCAUCAUCACAGGCGUGCGAAAUUGAAACCGCUCCGCCCAUAGGAGCUGAAAGUGAUAGUCCAAGAAAUUCGUCGAACAAGCUUCAAGUACUUGAACCCGAUCCAAUUCCCCCGUCUUCUGGUUCUAGCACAGCCAACACGGCGAGCUCUAUAAAGGCUAUGGACGGUGCUGCUGAGAGAUUGCUCUGGCAGAACAACCCACAAUUUUGCCCUCAAACUUCUGCCGUCUUUGUUCAUGCUGGCGCUGGCUAUCAUAGCACGACCAACGAGCAUAUUCACCUAGGUGCUUGCGAUGAUGCCGCCAGAUUGGCAAUGCAGGUGCUUAGAGGCGGGGGCUCAGCUGUAGAUGCUGUCGAAGCAGCAAUCAAGGUACUUGAAGACAAAGAGAUCACCAAUGCUGGGUUCGGAAGUAAUCUGUCUAUUGAAGGUAUUGUUGAGUGCGAUGCUACUAUCGUUGAUCACAUGGGACGGAGCGGAGCCUGUGGUGCUACUGCUCAAAUAAAGAACCCCAUACACCUAGCUCGAAUAAUUCUAGAUGCCUCCAGCAAACCAUUAUCACUUCGGAGAGUCCCGCCAAAUCUUCUCGUCAGCCAAGGAGCAACUGAUUUCGCCUACGAACAUGGCAUUCCCGUUGUGCCGCACGAUGCUAUAGUCUCUAAGAAUGCACGGGACCGCUAUGUCCGCUGGCGAGACGAUCUGCGCCGUGCUGACAGAGGCCGUAUGACGCCCAAUACUGGCAGUGACCCAGGGGGUGAUACCGAAAGCAUAGAUCACGAGUACGAAGAGCGGGUUCGAAAUCAGCAACGUCGAGAUCAUACAAAUGCAUUAUUGCAUGGCACUUGGAACGAGGGUCAACCUGACUCUCCUCAACUCUCGCCUAGCAUCGAAAAGCGACAGACAGAUGAUACAGAUCAAUAUCCAAGUCGCCGGUCUCCAGUCCCUGCACCCUCAAUUGGCGAUCCAUCCAGCCAGUCUAACCUACACCAACGCAGCCGAUCCCCCAACAGCUCGCCUCCGAAGCGCGUGAGAUAUACCACCGAUUCCCAACUUCGCACGCGGUCGUUACUUGGACCUAGCAAUUCGACCACGGAUCUUCGCACAAUACCUGAUGUUCGCAUGACAAUCGGGGAUGCUGCAACAGCCAGGCGUCAGUCAAAGCCCGAAUACAGUGACGGUACAUUAUCUCCAACACAUGAGGCUAUUGAUAAACUACUCUGGUCUGAAGGAUCUGCAGAGUCACUGCUGGAACCUCUUCAAAGGGCCAUUCCCAAAGAUGACAUGAUUACAGAUACUGUAGGCGCCAUUGCCAUCGAUAUGUAUGGUAACAUUGCCGCUGGGUCGUCUUCGGGCGGCAUUGGUAUGAAACACCGUGGUCGAGUAGGUCCUGCUGCACUCGUAGGAAUUGGUACCGCCGUCAUACCUGUUGACGAAAAGGAUCAAGAAGGGAUCAGCGUCGCAGCAGUGACCAGCGGUACUGGUGAACACAUGGCAACUACGAUUGCUUCUCAGAAAUGUGCAGAGAGACUUUACUACAACACUAGGCGAGCUCGAGGGGGUAAAGACAUCGAUGCAACGGAAGAGGAGGCCAUGGAAUCCUUUGUCCAAGCCGACUUUAUGAGCCAUCCGGGUGUCAGUGCCAGUAACUCGGCCGGCGCAAUCGGGGUGAUGGCGGUCAAAAAGACUCACUACGGUUACUUCCUCCAUUUCGCACACAACACCGACUCCUUUGCUCUGGCGUCGAUGCAUUCCAAUGAGAAAGUGCCAAAAUGUGUCAUGUCACGACUUGGCGAACACGGAACUACCGUUCAGGGUGGCCGUAAGAUACGGGCAUAA